UUAUGUAAAAGACGGCCUCUCGGGUCGUUCGUUGAAUUGAUCGCUCCCACUCUCGCAAUGGAACAUAUCAAUUUCGCUCAAGAUUCUACCUUGUCAACUAAGAAGCGCGUUCGUCGCGUCGCGCUGGCUUGUAUACCUUGUCGCUCGCGCAAAGUCUGCAACCGAUGCCAGUAUGAUGAAAAAGUCUGUGAAUACCAAAAGUCACGUCGAGGAGGGCGACCCCGGAAGCAACCUCCGUCAAACUGUUCAGUGGAAAGAGUUGAAAAUGAAACAUCCAUCAGCCACCGCAGGACUUCCCCCACGAGUUCGACCGAAGGAACGGGUGAUGCGCAAGAACUAGCAUCGCAACCUUCAAUGAUCCCUUCCAUUGGUUCAUAUCUCGCAGAGAGCCACGUCGAACAGCUUCUGGCUCAAUUUUACACAUAUUUCCAUGCCGCACAUCCAUGUGUUCUUCCCCGAUGGUCCCUUGAAGCAAGGAUGGGUACCGAUUCCGCCUUGUCCGAGCAUCUCCUUCCCGUUCUACUAUAUAUUGGGUCUAUUUUCAUGCACUCCAUUGAUUCAGAGCCUUUAGCGGACGCUGCUCUGCAGGCGAUUGAAUAUGGUCGGAGCUAUUCAGGUAUACCGAAUCCGUAUCACGUUCAAGCAAUCUUGUUGUAUUCAAUAACGGUGUACUGGUGUAAUGCGCCCCAGAUUGGCCGCAUGUAUCUAGAUGAAGCCAUUGAGGCUGCAUUCUUGCUGGGCAUGCACCGGAAGGAGUUUGCCUCCCAGUACGGCUACGGAGAUUCGGUUCUAGAGGAGUCUUGGAGGCGAACCUGGUGGCAGAUUCACGUCACUGAUGUCCAUAUUUCUGGCAGCACCCAUACAUACGAAGGUCUUUCAACAAAGUUUCCUAUUACUACCGAGCUUCCCUGCGAGGAGUUAAAUUAUGAGAGGGGGGAGAUUCCGCAACCACUCACGCUCAAGCAGUACGAAAACCGCGAGUUCUGCGACAUCGAAUUCUCUUCUUUUGCCCAGCUGAUCGGUUUUUCCCAAGGCAUUACCAAAGUGCUUGCCUUCGCGCGUCUAGACGAUCUCGUGGGUGUGCAGGCCUUGUGUGUCAGUGCUGAUACAAUGAUGACUGCUUGGUUCUCACUGCUGCCACCAUCCAAGAAAUCGCUGCUCGGCGAUGAUGGAAAGGUAGAUGAAAUUCUAUUCAAGGCAAUGAUCGUCAUGCAGACGUGCAUAGUCGAUCUCCAUCGUCGCCUCUCCUCUCUCCUCUACAGUCCCGUUGAAUCAGCGUCACUGUGCGCUCCGCCGCCACCUACAGCCAAUGACAUUAUCAAGGAAGAAGCCCGCAUGCACACUGCAAAGAUCCUCUGCGCAACCGAAAAACUAAACACACUGCUCACUCUCCCAACUCGCUUCGCCACCCACACCCCUUUCAUCAUCUGCAUGAUCGCUAACAUGACCAUCGCGCAUCUCUCAGCGUGUCGGUACAUCUUCACAGAACCUCGUCUCUCGGUCGAACGAGAGAAGAUUCGUUUAAACAUGGGCGUGUUGAAGAUGCUAGGGGAAUUCUGGCCAGCCGGAAAGCGUGAGUACAAGGCCGUGGGCACUAUCGCGAAGGCUAUCCUAGAUUUGAAGGACGAAGAUGCGAAGGUACCGGAGUCUGGGUUGUCUUUUGACGUAAUGGAUUUUGGAUUUGGGGAUGGUGCCAAUCUGGACUUUUCGUGGUGUGACGAGUUGGGUGCUGUGGAUGCUCGGUUUUUCGAUGAUACCGCAACUCUGUCGUUUUGA